UCGUAAGUGUGUGGUAUCUAUCGCAUUCGUGUAUCCCGUUCUCGCAUAUGCACGGCGCCACCCAUCGGAACGCGACGAGGAAACCUUUUUUCGCAGCCUUUUUUCGUUGCUCUCAAGACGCGCAGUAUCACUCGCGACUUGUCCUUGAUAGCAGAUCGUCUGUUCGUGUGAAAGAAUUCUGUGUGAGAGAGUGAGAGAGAGAGAGAGAGAGAGAGAGAGAAAGAAGUGUGUGCGCGUAAUCACAUAUUUGUAAAUCAUAACCGACAGUUCUGCGGCAAUGGCGAUGAUGAAGUUGAGUCUGGCGCCGAAGACUAUCAAGUACUUGAUGUUCAUUUUCAACCUGUUCUUUGUGAUAACAGGAAUAGUGUUGCUAUCCAUCGGAGCGGUCAUCCAUGGAGUAUAUCAUCAGUAUCAACAUUUCCUUGACAACAGGUUCUUCUCCGUACCUUCUCUUCUCGUAGCCGUGGGCUUCAUCAUUUUUAUCAUCGCUUUUUUCGGAUGCUGCGGAGCUGUUCGCGAAAGUUAUUGCAUGAUUAUAACGUUUUGCACGCUUCUGACUGCAAUUUUCUUGCUGGAGAUUAUAGGCGGCAUGAUGGGAUAUGUGAUGAGAGAACAGGUUGCGUCGAUUGCUCAGCAAAAGAUGCUCGACACGAUGCCCCAAUACAGCAAUAACUCCGAGAUCCAAUUCGUCUGGGACAAUCUACAAAGAGACUUCCAUUGUUGUGGCACAAUCAAUGCUACCGACUGGUUGACGAAUACAACGAAACUGCCAGGUAUUCCGAUGUCGUGCUGUGAUGAUAUAAUAGGUGCUAUCGGUACAUCGAACUGCACCCUAUCAUCGAAGAGUCUGCAUGAGGUCGGCUGUAUAGACGCCUUCGGGAAAUUUGCAGAGACACACGCUGCUAAGAUAGCAGGUGUUGGAAUAAGCCUUGGUAUAAUUCAGCUGAUAGGAAUCCUCUUGUCGUCCUACUUGGCUAAAUCGAUCAAGAAUUGUUACCAGACUAUGUAGAGUGCCAUGCGAACAUCAAACGCACCGGAAGCAGCCUUCAUAUGGAUGAUAACCAAAUAGGAUUGCCAUUAGGAAACUGCGAAACUGCGUGCAUUAAUUGGUCUGAUAUAUUGUACGAGAAUACAUUAUUUGUCCUUGUAUAAAAGGACGGUAAAUUAUUUUUGCUACAUGUGACAUUUCGCAUCGCGUUAUAAAGAAGCGUGUGUAUUUUUAAUAAAACCUUUAUAUCGCUAAAUGUUUUUGCGACAAUGCGUUUAUCAUUUUUGAUUAAAAUGCGUCGUUAAUUCAAUUCGCAUUCUCUUAUAUUUACGCAGGAAUGAAUUACACAGAAUAAGCAAUCACAUAUUUUAGGAAAAUCUCUUUUUUGCAAUCUACAAUAAAUUUGUUUCUUAUAAGCUUUUGCAACAUGUGAAUUUUAAACCAAAAAAUUGGAACAUGCGCGUAUCCGACAGUUAUCAUGCACGCGCAUCAAACUACACACGUGCUAUUCACGCACACGCAUGCAUACCGAGAGACAUGAAAUUAACUUAAUUGGCAUGUGAGUCAUUUUUGUCGCGUUGUUUUGCUCACGUGUAAACGCCACGUGUAAACUCACGCUUAGCAACGAACACGAGAACGAAUGUCUCUUUCC